AUGGGUGCCGUCUCUGCAGUGUUUCUCAUUCUCAUCACCAUCCUUGUCCCGCCCGUCGGUGUCUACGCCGUCGCCGGCUGUGGAAUGGAUCUCCUUGUCAACAUUUGCCUGACGAUCCUGGGAUACCUGCCGGGCCACAUUCACGCCUUCUACAUCGAAUACGUAUACUACGAUCGCAAGGAACAGGCGCGGGAGGGCCGCAUCAUUACUGGUCACGCGCCAGGUGUCUACAGCGACAACGUGCAGAGCGGAGGCCAUGGCUACGGAACGAUUGCCCAGGGCACUGUAUAA